AUGGGCAACGAAACCAGUUCAACGCGGAUCGCAGCAUGUCAUGUCUCGCCGGUCUUCCUGUCCGCCAAGGACACGACCCUUAAGGCGAUAUCGCUGAUCCAAGAAGCCGCGGGGAAUAAGGCGAAUCUCGUGGUAUUCCCCGAGUCGUAUAUCCCCGCGUUCCCUGUCUGGAGCGCGCUGCGUGUUCCGACCGAGAACCAUGCCUUCUUCCAGCGUAUGGUGACAGAGUCCAUCUACGCCGACGGCGAAGAAGUAGACGCAAUCCGCGCAGCAGCCAAGCAAUUCGGCGUGCUCGUCAGUCUCGGAUUCUCCGAAAAGGUCCGCUACAGCAGCGCCACGCUAUUUAACUCGAACGUGCUCAUCGGAGCCGACGGCGAGAUCCUAGUUCAUCAUCGGAAGCUCAUGCCCACCUUCUACGAAAAGCUUACCUGGGCUCCGGGAGACGGGCACGGCCUUCAAGUUGCCGAGACGAAGUUUGGCAAGGUCGGAGUGCUGAUCUGCGGGGAAAAUACAAAUCCGCUGGCCUUGUACACCAUGACGGCGCAGGGCGAGCAGAUCCAUAUCAGUACCUGGCCUGCGGUGUGGCCUACGCGGUUACCACAUGGUGAUACACGAUCAACCCACGUCGUAGAGAGCAGUAAAAUCGACGCCCAACCUCGCCGUUUAACUAUCGCCCCCGGAGUAGACUACGACAACGUCGGUGCAAACAGAACACGCGCCGCAGCGCACUGUUUCGAAGCGAAAUGUUUCGGUGUGCUCUGCGCCGGCGUCCUCGGCGAAGAUGCCAUCGCAUCCAUCGCAUUGUCUUUAGCAUUGUCUUCAGCAGUGUCUUCAUCCAGUUCUAGCGAGCAAGAGGUAGUAAGAUCCUCAGUAGCGCAGGGACUGGAGCGCUUACCAAGAGGCGCUACAAUGUUUCUUGAUACGACGGGGACCCUACUUCCCGGCUUCACGUUGAACCCCAAGACUUCAGAAAAGGUGCAGGUGGAUUUCCUUCAGAAGGAGGAAGGCAUCCUAUAUGCCGAUGUUGACUUGGAGGAUUGUGUAGAGGGGAAACAGUACCACGAUAUUGCGGGUGGGUAUCAAAGGUUGGAUGUCUUUGAGCUUAAAGUUGAUCGUAGGCGGAGACAGCCGGUUAUAUUUGAAUAA